AUGAGUGACAAAGAAGCCGCCAAGUCCCCCACUCCGCGAGGGAAACGGGAAGACCAGGCCAUGGCCACGUCCGACCACCAACAGACAGAGGCCGUCCAGUCUGCAGCCGACGAGAAAUGGGUCCUCCUGCAAGACGACAGCGACGCAGCGGAGGAAGUGCUGCUCGAGGAGCAAGACGGCGACGCGAGAGACAAGUUUUUGGAACAGCCAUGGGCGGCGGGCGCUUCCGUUUCUGUGACGUGUGCAAACCUGGCCUUGGAAUUCAUCGAGAGCAAAGCUUUGGCUACUUUCGAGCGCCCUCCAAAGACUUUCCUUCGGUACGUAGACGACUGCUUCUGCGCAAUGCACAACUCAGAAGUGCAACCGUUUCUGGACGACCUGAACUCUAUGGAACGGUCUAUUGAAUUCACGGUAGACGAAGAGAACAACGGACGAAUUGCCUUCCUCGACGUCCUUGUUCAGCGCUCUUUCGGCGGUUGUUCUACAACAGUGCAUAGAAAGCCCACACAUUCGGGCAGGAUUGCAAUGCAAGCAAGCGUUCUAUGGAAUCGUGACCUUCUGUCGGUUUUGUCUUGGGGAGAAAUAGAUGAUAUUCUGCUAAGCAAUGAGGAACGACGACUGCUGAUAGGAGGCAGCUAUUUCGACGACCUCGAAGACGAGCUGAGGCGCAAAAGCGAACGGGAGCUGUUCAGGUACCGGUCCCGCCACGGCCUCCUGGACAUUGAACGGAUUGACGUUGAACUUUUUAAGCUGCAGUUCAGGUUCGAGAAAGAAGAUUUCGGCGAACUAGCAAGUGCUCUUUUAGUGCCGCAAGCAGUGGUCAGUGCGCAGAAUGUGACUGUUCCUGGGCAAACUGCUUUGUGCCUCACUCUUCGACGCCUCGCCUACCCAAACAGAUGGUGCGAUUUGGAGAACAUUUUUGGUCUGCAUGCCUCCGUCAUGUCUUCUGUGGCCUCAAAAAUGUUUUGCCACAUCACCAGUAACUUCGGUCAUCUGCUGGACGACUGCAACAUCCACAGUUGGUUAUCGCCCUUUUUCGCACUUAUUUUUCUGCAGGCUGUGGCAAGGAAAGGAGCGCCUCUUCGCAACUGUUGGGCGUUUAUCGACGGAACGGCUCGACCUAUUUGCAGACCGAAACGAAACCAAGAACAGUACUACUCGGGGCACAAGAGAUGCCACUGUGUAAAAUAUCAGUCUGUCAUGUGCCCGAACGGCAUAAUUUGCCAACUGGAUGGACCUUACCCCGGAAGACGACAUGAUGCAGGAAUUCUUGAGAGCAGCGGACUAUACUCGAAGCUCGAGCGGCUUGUAAAAGACGACGACUUCGUGAUGUACGGGAACCCGGCGUAUCCCCUGCUGCCGCUCAUAAUGAAACCAUAUGGCGGGAACACCCUUACACCAGCACAGCAGGUCUUCAACCGUGGGAUGAGCUCUGUUCGCCAAGCCGUUGAGUGGGGCUUUGGGAAAAUAGUUGGCGAAUUCGCGUUUCUGGAUUUUAAAAAAAAUCAGAAGCUUUUAUGGCAGCAGUUAGCCCAAAUGUACAAAGCUGCCACAAUUCUGAACUGCCACACAUGUAUGUAUGGCAGCCAGGUUUCAGAGUAUUUUGACUUGCAGCCACCUUCUUUGCGUGAAUACUUGAAGCAAAGGAGCCCGUAA